AUGGUUCCUGUUGCAUUUGCCCUAAUGCCGAACAGAACAAGGGCAACAUAUGUCAGAUUGUUUAACCAGCUGAGCUCUGUGGUUGAGGAAAAGACGGGGUUUGACUUGUCACCUGAAGUUGUACAGACUGACUUUGAGAUUGCAGCAAUCCAAGCAAUCGAGGAGAUUUUCCCAGAUGCCGAUACACGUGAUUGUUUGUUUCAUUUCAGUCAGUGCAUGCUGCGAAAAGUUCAGGGGCUUGGACUUAUGAGACUGUAUCGUGCUGAUCAAGGGGUACAAACUCUAGUUAGACAUGCCGCCAGUUUGCCUUUGCUGCCUAUCGAUCAUGUUCAAGAUGUGUGGAUAGACAUUAUGAAUGAGCGACCUGAUCACCUGCCCCAUGUAACUGAAUUUACAGACUAUGUGACAACAACGUGGGUUGAUGAUGACUCCUUGUUCAAGGUAGCUAUGUGGAACCAGCAUGGCAACAUUGGUCCUAGAACCAAUAACCACCUUGAAGGGUGGCAUUCCAAGCUGAACCGUUCUCUUACAAAAGCUCACCCUAACAUUUAUGAGUUCAUAAAUAAACUGAAGGACGUUGAAGAGAAAACCAGAAGGACACUGAUCCAACUUGACCAUGGGGCAGCUCCAGUACCACGAAAGCGGGUGUAUCGUGAUAUUGAUACACGCCUUAUGAGGCUGAAGAAUCAACUUCAACAAGGCCGCAACACUCCUUUAGAGUGUUUAGACGCUGCCAGCCACUUGCUAAAACUGCAGUUGUAA